AUGUCCGAUCUGGGAACUGUAAAGGAAUUGUCCAACGGGGAAAACACUCCCGAGUCUUUUGAUAGCCAAGAACGUCCUGGAACAGGUGCUUUGACAUUAGAAAAGCUGGACUUAAGAGAGGCAACUCACGACGAUGAAGAUGACCAUACCCAAGGUGAGCCUACCAACUUUUCAUUCCACGAAAACAAGUCACUUUUCGAUCAGGACAGUAAAAGAGCUGCUUUGCAACACUUGAAACAGCAAUCAGCGUCGAACUCAGCUAAUGUCUCUCCAACUACAGGAAGAAGGCUUUCGGUGUCAGCUCAGAGCUCUAUUCCUGAGCCUCCGUCAUUAAAGUUCGAGCAAGAUCGCGCCCGUCAUGUUUCUGCCCGCUACAAGAUGGGCAUGGUCUUUGAUGAAGACCAACAGCUUGCAGGUGUGCCAUCUGCUGAGCUCGUGGAUCUCUAUUCUAAGGUACAAGACUGUCGUCAACUCAGAACCAAAUAUCAGACGCUCUCGAUGCAGCAUUGCCCACAGCAGAACCCAAAAAACAAAGCCGACUGGAAAAUUUACCCUCCACCCCCUAAGCCCACUUACAAUGCCGAGACAAAAACUGUGAAGAAAGUAGAGAAUAAACCCGACGUUGAAGUCUUUGAUUUUGCAAGCAUUGAAGCUCCUGGCGAAGAUAAAGAUUGGGAUUUCAGUACUAAUGAUGAUGACGUCUUCGUUGUGUCAUCAACGCAAGAUCCAUCGAACUCGUUGUCUGAUGUCCCCUCGUUACGCCAAUAUUACAAAGAUUUGGAUUCCUUAGUGACUAUCUCCUCUGAUGGGCCCGCUAAGUCUUUUGCUUUCAGAAGACUCCAAUACCUCGAAGCUCGCUGGAAUUUGUAUUCCCUGUUGAACGAAUAUCAAGAAACUUCGGUCUCGAAGAAAAAUCCCCACAGAGACUUUUACAAUGUGCGUAAAGUUGACACUCACGUCCAUCAUUCAGCAUGUAUGAACCAGAAGCAUCUGCUACGUUUCAUUAAGUACAAGCUUAGACAUUCAGGUGAUGAGAAAGUUAUUUACAGAGACGGCAAGGUCCUGACUUUGGAUGAAGUGUUCGAGUCCUUAGAUCUUUCUGGAUACGAUCUAUCGAUUGAUACAUUGGACAUGCACGCCCACAAGGACACUUUCCACAGAUUCGACAAGUUCAACUUGAAGUACAAUCCGAUUGGAGAGUCGCGUCUUAGAGAGAUUUUUCUGAAGACCGACAACUAUAUCAAGGGGACUUACCUUGCUGAUAUAACUAAGCAGGUCAUAUCGGACCUGGAAAACUCCAAAUAUCAAAUGUGCGAGUACAGAAUUUCGAUCUAUGGUCGCUCUAUUGAGGAAUGGGAUAAGUUGGCAGCUUGGGUUGUUGACAACAAAGUUAUCUCUCAUAACGUAAGAUGGUUGGUUCAGGUCCCUAGACUCUACGAUAUUUACAAGAAGACUGGUCUCGUUUCAAGCUUCCACGACAUUACCAAAAACCUUUUCCAGCCAUUGUUUGAAGUCACAAAAAAUCCUCAAAGCCAUCCUAAGCUGCAUGUAUUUUUACAAAGGGUCAUUGGAUUUGAUUCCGUUGAUGACGAAUCGAAAGUUGACCGUCGCUUCCACCAAAAGUAUCCCAAACCUUCUUUAUGGGAUGCUCCUCAGAACCCGCCUUACUCUUACUACCUCUACUACCUCUACUCGAGCAUGACAUCUUUAAAUCAAUGGAGAGCUAAACGUGGAUUCAACACUUUUGUUUUAAGACCUCACUGUGGUGAAGCUGGUGAUCCAGAGCACCUGAUUUCCGCCUACCUGCUGGCACAAGGUAUCUCUCACGGUAUUCUGCUGCGGAAAGUACCGUUCGUUCAGUAUUUGUAUUAUCUGGAUCAAGUGGGGGUCGCGAUGUCGCCAUUGUCGAACAACGCGCUGUUCCUGACCUAUGAUAAAAAUCCGCUACCGUUCUACUUUAAGAGAGGACUCAAUGUUUCAUUGUCAACUGAUGAUCCACUUCAGUUCUCCUACACCAGAGAACCUCUGAUUGAGGAAUACUCGGUUGCAGCUCAAAUUUACAAAUUGUCAAACGUUGAUAUGUGUGAAUUGGCUAGAAAUUCCGUUUUGCAGAGUGGGUGGGAGUCUCAAAUCAAGCGCCAUUGGAUCGGGAAGAACUUUGAUGCGGAAGGCAUUCACGGAAAUGAUGUUGAGAAGACUAAUGUCCCAGAUAUCAGAAUCAAUUACCGCCAUGAAACCUUAUGUACCGAACUCGAGCUUGUUGAACACUAUGCACAGUUCGAGGCAAAACGACAAUAA